CAUCGGCGGCGAUCUGGCCCUGCUCUCGGCUGCGACUCGAUCGAUUAACCCACUCCCGGACCCGCCUCCCUCGACCCAUGGCUGCCCUCCGAAGACUCCCCGCAAGCAGCAAGCGGCGGCUGCUCGUUCCCAAUCCAUCCUAUGCCCGCCCUGCCCAGCCCUUCACCCAUCGCAUCUCGCUCUAUCGGAUAUCGACCCUGACCCGCCUGGAUCGCCGUCGCGCAAAAGCCCUUGAGAUUCUUUGCCGAUCCAAAUUCAAACACUACCCCCGGUUGAUCAUCUACGGCUCGGUCUUUUUGUCGUUCUUGCGGGCAUUGUGGAGCCCGGUCUCCCCCGCGGCCGCCGCUGGCAGCAACCGCAAGUCGGCGUCACCCAAGAGCACCACAUCCAAGUCGCAACACUCUUCUACCACUUUGUUUGCAGCAGCGCCUCGGCUCGAUUGGAUCUACUCGGCGCUGGAGCAAGCCAUCGAUGGACUCAAUUUGCUGAGACAACAGGCGCUCGCAACGCCCCUCCUGUCAGGUCCACGACAUGAGCCGUCGCUGUCCACCACCUCCAUCCUCAGAUCCAUGUCGAGCCCAGAGCGGGCGAAUCCUUUCCAAGGACCACAGACUCGUCGUUUCCACUCCACAUCAACACUGUCCGCCUCUCUCCAAGAGUCCUUUUCAAGCGCCGAUCAGGUCGCUAUUCCGUCGUCUGGCAGCGCAUCGCGCCCCAUCUAUCCUGUUGGGUCACUCGCUCGCCACAAGCGCACAGAGGAAACCCACCACAAGAGCCUGCCGAGCAAGAGCACAUCAUCUCACAGCAGCAUCCAGCGCAAGCCAAAGUCUCGCAAGCUCCAAAGCGUAGACGCUCACGCUGCAUCCUCGGUUGAAACAGACACCGGCGUUGCAGCUCGGCCGAAGCACCAAAGCGCUUACAAGCUGAUACGGGCGUACUCACCUGAGUUGGAGUAUAUGCGUAUCCCACAAGCGGCCUUGGAUUCCGGUGAAGAGUUCAAGCGCUUUAUCCUCAGUAUCGACAUCCCACGCGGCAAGCGCCUCAGUCGCAUCCUGUCCCACUGCUUCCUGCAGAUCCACCCGGACUCGUCAACACGUAGCUGGAAGCGCCACGACUAUCUGACAGCCUUCGAAGCUGUCGAAGCCAAAACCACCCGGUCCAAUGACUUUUACGUUCGCACGCUCCACCAUCUGGUUGUUUGUCUAAACUGCAGCGGAGGACACGCAUCUUCUGGAGACGACUCGAUCCAAGUUCUCAAGCGGCUGCUGGGCGACAGACGCUCAGAGUCCACCGACGAGCGUGACCACAAGAUCUGGUACACCCAAGCCAAGGCAAUACUGAAACUCCUCCCGCCCCCUUCCAAGUUUGAAAAGGAACCCGAAAUCAAUCGUCUGAUGCUGGAGGUUUACUCGAGGGCGCGGGAGUGGGCCAUCACCGAGCACUAUCUCGCCCGAGUCGAGGAACACAUCGUCCGCGAUGUAGAACAGAACGGUCUUGCCGAUAUCACGGCGAUACUCAAGGCUCUGGUAGCACAUGGCCAGCAACGACAGGCAAUGCACCUGCUCCGCAAGUACUUUCCGCUUCCUGACACUGCUUCGUCGUCGGAUCAAGUGAUUCGCGUGCCCAACGAGACCAUCGUCUGCCUCGUUGUGAACGGUUACUUCCGCAACAACAAUCCCGAGAGCGCCAUCAACACGCUCAAGCUGCUCAUCCGUGACUACAAUGUGGUGAUCUCCAGCACGAGUAUCACCCAGAUCCUGGUCAAAAUGGCUGAGUCGGGGCUUGUCAUGAUGAUCUACGACGUCAUUCGUUUCUUUCAAAGGCAACUUUUGCGCAACAUCGACACUGUCGUCAUUGUCGAAACCAUGGCCGAGCUGAUCGCAUGUGGAUACAAGCUGGAAGCCGUCAAGCUGUGGGAGACGUUCUCGAGCGUGCCGCUGGAAAGCAUGGGCAACCCUGAGCUAAGCAUCUUGCUCAAGCGCUAUGCAGCCCUUGGCAAUCUCGAGGGCGUCAAGCAGGGAUGGAGCCGCUACAAAUCACAGAACGACAGCAGCAGCGAUCCCAGCUCGAUGGAGAAGGAAAAGGAGACUCUCGUCGACAUUGUUGCAGCGUUCCAGAAGAGCCACCGAUUCUGCCACCUGGGCAUCGACUUUCUACUGGACCAGUACCAACACGACUGCGAGCGCCUAGGCCGAGCGGGGCUAUCGCACGACCACAUACUUGGUCUGAUCAACUGGAUGCUCAAGGGCGUCAACGGCUUUGACGACAUGAUGAACGUGUACGCGGGUAUGAAGCACGUCGGCCUGCGACCCAAUCUCAUGACGUUUUCGCACAUCCUGGGCAAUACCAUGUCCGAUCGCAACCCGGAUAUGAUGUGGAAGGUCUUUUGCGAGCUGCGCGACAGCAUCGGCAUCUCCAGAGAGCAGUACAUCACGUUCAUUCACAACCUCAUUUGGAUGGUUGGUCUCGAGCGAGCACGUAUCCACGAUCUCCUCGACAUGAUGAAACGGGACGGGGUCGAGAUCGACAUGCCGAUAUACCAUCUGCUUCUCCGGAGACUUGGAUUCGAAGGCAAGUGGCGUGAGAUGCUCGCGAUGAUGGACGACAUGGCCAAGCAAGGCAUCCAGCCCCAAGAACGGACAAUCAACACGAUCGGGAUGCUUCUGAACAACAUCCAGCAGAAGGAACUCGAUGCCAAGCUGCUGGAUCUGUGCCUGCAGGAUCCCGAAGCCGACGAUCUGCCCAGCUCGCUUGGCGAUGACCUCCACGACGACGGCCGAGAAGAGGAGCUCCUGAAACAAAUCAACCCCAAGCUGGCGCUCGAGACAGACAGCCGUCACCGCCGCCAGACCCACGCCUCCGACGAUCUAAGCACGGUCACCUUUGACGAGCCCGAGGUCUAUGUCAUCCAGAAGUUUGAAAGCUUUUCCGACGCGCGGCAAGCAGACCCCGAGAUGCCGCUCGUCAGCACACUCUUCCUGAACCAGGCCGAAAAGUACAACAUCGAGCUCACAUCGACCAGCUUCCGCAACAUGAUCGACAAGCUUGUCAAGGUCGGUUACAUCGACGAGGCCGCAGAUUUCAUCGAUCGCAUUGAAGACCGGAUCACCCAGAAGGGCGGCAACCUCCGCGACGUCAACAACAUCAUCCUGUACUCGCGGGUCAUUAGUGGCUAUCGCAAGAAGGAAGAUGGUGAGAAGAUGUUUGCCUGGAUCACCCGGCUCAAGGAGCGGUUUGGAAAGCUCAACGACCCGACUGUGAUCAAGCAGCUGGUGCGGUGGUACACGGCCGGAAUGAAUCCCGAGGGGGCUCUGAAGCUCCUCGAUGAGCUCUCCGAGUUCCACAACCACGACGAGGAGAUCAAGAUGCAUCUCGGGACCCCCGAACACUUUUAUGAGAUGGCCCGGUACCACCGCACCAGCGGAAACCUGCUCCGAGCCUCCGAGAUGAUGAAGGAGAUGCUGGAGCGCAAUAUCAUGUGGAACCAGCGCGUCUACGUCCAGCAUCUGGACGCCCUGCGCGAGCUGCAUGGCGUCUCGUUCAUGUUGGAGUACCAUCUGCAAUUCAUGCACAGCCCGCCCGUUGCCGUGCGGUGCGAUAGCAACCUGAACAACUAUGUCCUCUCGGUCCUGGUCCGGAACGGCCGGCAAAAGCAAGCAUGGGAUACGCUCAAGUACUUUUUGGAGCGCAAAAAGUUUAUCCCAAACAUCCGUACCUUCAACGUGCUGCUGCUGAGCACCCACCAGAGCAUUAGUCGCACGCCGGCCCUCUCGCUACAGCAGGUCGACCACAUCUACCGACUCGCGCGUGAAACCUACAAGCUGCAGCCCAACCUCCAGUUCUAUACCCAGAUGAUCCAGUGGUACGGGCGAUUCAAGCAGAUCGACAAAGUCGAGGCGAUCUGGAAAGAGCUGCUCCGAAGCGGUCUCACCCUGGAUCUGCGGCUCUUUGAGUACAUGAUCAGCUUCAUGAUCAGUAUGGACUGCAAGCGCCCGACCAUCCGACUCUGGAACAACCUCAAGGCCAUGAAUCUCCAGCUGUCGACGGAGUGUGCGCUGACCUACUGCCGCGCCCUGCGGCAAUGGCAGGAGACGGAGCUGAUGCGUGAAGUCAUCGAGAGCGUCGCCAAGGGCGAUCCUGCCUCGCUUCCCCGAGACCUGGUUGCGCACCUCCAGACGGAUGACAGUCGGUAGUCACUUGACGGCGAUGACGACCAUGCCAUGACGCUGCUACUGCUGCUGCUACUGAUGAUGGUGAUGAUGGUGAUGAUGGUGAUGAUGGUGAUGAUAAUGAUG